GUGGCAGCAUCAGCACCGCCGUCUCUGGCGCGCUCCCUUCUUCUGCAGCCUCCGCUCUUCUGAUUUUCCACCUAGUCCCCUGGUGAUUUUUUUUCCCCCCCCUGAGAGGGAGAGGGCGGGGUAGGCGUCCCCUCCUCUGCUCCCCCCUCCCUUUUCUUCUUGGUUUGAAUUCUUCCCCCUGGCAUUUCACUGGUUCGCAGAGCAAGAGGCAAGAACCGCGCGGAGGGAAGAGGAAGGCUGCGACCGCCCUGCUGUUCCGAGCCCGGCCGGACUGGAGCCCGGAGGGGGUGAGGGGAGAAGAGGAAGCCGGAGGGGCUCGGCUUUCUGUGGUGCCUGAGGACAGCCCAUCUCUCUCCAAGCACCCCACGGGGAGACGGACGGCGUCUCUCUGCAGCGAGCUUUUGGAGUACCGCGAGCCCGGGGGCUAAGGAUGGUGGAGGCUCCGCGCUCCGGUUGCGGGGCAGCGCUUUCGCUUUGGCUGGUCGGCAGCAUCCUCUGCAGAGCCUGGACGGCUCCCGCCACGUCCCAAAAAUGUGAUGAGCCACUUGUGUCAGGACUUCCCCAUGUAGCUUUCAGCAGCUCAUCCUCGAUGUCUGGGAGCUAUUCUCCUGGCUAUGCCAAGAUCAACAAGAGAGGGGGUGCUGGGGGAUGGUCUCCAUCAGACAGUGACCAUUAUCAGUGGCUUCAGGUUGACUUUGGCAAUCGGAAGCAGAUCAGUGCCAUAGCAACCCAAGGAAGAUACAGCAGCUCCGACUGGGUGACACAAUACCGCAUGCUCUACAGUGACACUGGGAGAAACUGGAAACCUUACCACCAAGAUGGGAAUAUCUGGGUGAGUCAUUGUGGGAGAAAGACAUGGUAUUGCAUUGCAGAUAUUUGAAAAUGGUAGUGGACUUGGUGUGUCCUGGAGCCGGCCUCUCAGAGCCCAGGUGCGGCCUGGGGAAGGGCUUGCAUGUAGCCUGGUAAAAGUUGAUGUUGCUGUUUUUUGUUUCUUUGUGUUUGUGCCUUCUGGCACUUGUUGAGAGAGAAAAGAAGUAUGAGCAGAGCAGAAGGAGGUGGGAAAAUGAAUCCAACUCCCCUAUCCAUGUCCCCAUCCCACCCCACCUCCACCCCAUGCCUUUCCUUAUCGUGCGGAGUGAAUGUGUCCCCUUCUACAAACUUUGGUUGAUUUCACAGAAAAUAAAACCUCCUAGUAGAACUGUUGAAAUGAAAAACGUAUUAGGUAAAUAAUUUAAUGAUAAUAGAACCCUAAGAAUUCUUUAAACAUGGUAUCUCAAGUUACCGUAUUUCAGUCUAUAGAAUAGAUGUACGGUGGUACAAAUUGUAUUCAUGAAUUAAGCAAAUCGAAUGAAAAAAAUCUCCUGACCUAAUUUCUGUUUCUUACUCCUGCUCAAUCUUACUUGCCUCAGACUGUUUCUAUAGAGGAUAUUUAGUUAAAUCUUUAAGUCUUUUGCUAACAAGGCUGAGAGGAGGGGGAGGGGAGACAUGGACUCUGAAAAUGUUCACUUCUUGCAGGAAGCCCAGCCCAAUUCACUUUCCUAUUUUGCUUCAACUCAGGAAUGUUUGGAUGAAGCACCAUUCUGUAGCUAAUGAUCGUUUAUGUGUGAAGAGAAAAGUAAGGUCAAAAAAAGAUAGUUUUCUAAGGACAAAAAAAAAAAAA